AGGAGUCACCUCAGACAGCGCACACGCGGGACACAUGGUCCCCAGCCCGGGGCACCUCUGUGCCAACAUGGCCCAGACAGGUGUCUCCCUCCGCAUCCCUGGGUACCUCACCUCUGCCCCGCAAGCCACCCUGCUCCUCAGCCUGGUCCUGGCCUCCUUCCACUCAGCCUGCAGUACAGAAGCCAGCGGCGGCAACGCAACCCUGAGUACACACCCUGGGACCCUGGAGCAGUGUGCCAACGUCGACUUCUGCCCACUAGCCUCCCUCUGUUGCCGAGCUUCGGUGGAUGAAUAUGGCUGGAUUGCGGCGGCGGUUGGCUGGAGUCUCUGGUUCCUCACCCUCAUCUUGCUCUGUGUGGACAAGCUGAUGAAGCUAACCCCAGAGGAGCCCAAGGACCUGGCGGCAUGAGCACAGAGCCGUGGCCCCAGUGAUGGCUAUUCCUACCGCGUGUGGGUCACAGGGAGGGGCAGGAGCCUUCCAGAAGCUUCUGUCACUUUAAAGUCACUUGCUCCUCGAAGUCUCUGGCUCCUUUACUAUGGAUUUGGCGCUGCCGAGCAAACCCAGACCCUUGCGUAAACUACACAUGCGCUUUGCCGUGGAGC